AUGAGGCUCAUUUCUGCGUUAGCCGGUACCACAACAAGUAUAACUUUUGCUUGUUCUCCGGAAAUUUUGCUUGUUACCGAAAAUUUACGAGUGAUGCACGAAGAGCCAUUACAUCCGCACAAAGUGACAGUAUGGUGCACUGUUUACGCUAGGAGAGUCAUCGGACUAGAGUGCGAGAAUCUGUCACCCGAAGUUCUCUCUGGAGUGAUGAAAAAUAUCAUAAAAUGA